AUGCCACGGCGCCAAGCUGCCUUUGACGACUAUACCUCUGCCGUUCCGCAGAUCAUUAUCGCGUCUACCGAUUCCGAUUUUCUCGAUCAUUUGAUACCGGUGCUAAAAGAUGCAGCAAACUCCAGACGGAUACCGGCCCUAAUACAAUGCCUCACGCGAUACUCCGAGGACCGCGAAGCUGAUAUCGAACGUAUUGGCUUGACCAAACACGAAGAAUUCCUCGAAUCGGUUUCGAGACUACAACAUGUUCGAGAAGACACUGUCAGUCUCACUACGGAGAUUUUGAAACUCAACCAAUCCAUCCAGGCUAGCACAGAGAAAUUAGCUGAGCAGAAAGGUGCCCUGGUCAAUACAAAAGCUAUUCGACAGAACAUUGCCGAUGCAACUGAGGCCCUGAGAGACUCCUUGAAGGUACUACAUGCUGUCAAUCACGCCCAUGACCUCAUUCGCCAGAAAAAUUACUAUUCUGCUCUCAAAUCUCUUGAGGAUCUGCAAAACGAACAUUUAGUUCCUAUAUUACAAAAUCGAUAUGCUACGCAGCAUCGCUUGGCUGAUGUCAUUCAAAAAUCCCUACCUGGCUCUCGAAAAGCUAUUUCGGAAGCUGUCAUGACAGACCUCAACACAUGGCUGUUUAGAGUUCGAGAGACGUCUCAAUUCCUUGGCGAAGUGGCGUUUUAUCACACUGAAAUGAGACGGUCCCGGCAGAGAAAGCGGGUUGAGGACAACCAAUUCCUAGCUAACUUUAAGCUCAAUUCGUCCAUUGAACUUGUAUGCGAUGAAAGCGAGGAAUUCGACGUACUGGACAACGAAGAACUGCAAGUCAAUUUCACACCACUCUUCGAAGCACUGCACAUUCAUGACGCACUUGGCCAAAGUGAUCGAUUUCGUGCAGAAUAUGCCGCUACUAGAAGGCAGCAGAAAGACCUACUUCUACCCAGCACGGUUGAACUACUCACUGAUGACGAGUCUUCGCUAAGCAGCCUCUUAGAGGGCAUUGCGGGAUUCUCAAUCAUUGAAAAGGAAACCAUGCGUCGUGUACCACAAUUACGUUCCGCAGCCGACGUCGAGGAGCUUUGGGAGUCAAUGUGCGGUGCUGCUAUAAGCCUAACAUCUCGAGCGCUGAACGACGUGGGUAAUGCCGAAGUCCUCCUUAAAAUGAAAGGGUUCAUCGCCCUGUUUGUUCAAACCAUGGAGGGCUGGGGUUACUCGAUCUCCACUCUUGACACGUUUUUACUUACGCUAUUUGACAAAUAUGCUGAGCUUCUCAAGCAUCGAUUUAGUGAAGAUUUUCAGGAGAUUGUCUCUACAGAUGACUACAUGCCAAUGGCCAUUAAUUCUCGUGAGGAGUAUGAAAAAGUCAUUAACGUCAGCUGGUUCAUGCAAAGCCAAGCUGUCGACGAUGUGACCAUUGGACAGUCACUAGACGAGCUUCUCACCGAAAAGGUUUGCCGAUCAUUGGUUGAGAGACUCUCUUCCCAGUAUUUGGGACAAAUUGUUCAGAUUCUCAUCAAUCUCGAGCACUUUGAAAUUGCAUGUCAAGAACUUGAACAGCUUCUUAUCCGUGCCAGGUCGUCAAGCUCGGCUGGCGGGCCUUUGAAACUGAACGCAACCAAAGAGUUUCGCAAUAACAAGAAAACUGCUGAGAAAAGAAUUUUCGAGCUCGUUAAUAGCAAAAUUGACGACCUAGUUGACACGGCGGAAUAUGAUUGGUUGGCGACGGCUGUGGCACCAGAGCCGAGUAACUAUAUGCAAACCUUGACUCGUUACCUAUCCAAUAUCAUGAACUCGACUUUGUUGGGGCUACCGCGAGAAAUUAAGGAGCUGAUUUACUUUGAUGCCUUAUCUCACGCUGCUAACAAAAUUCUGGUUGGCACUUUCAUUCCUCUCCAUACUGCCUUACCCCUGUCUCCUGAAGUCCAAAAUAUCAAUAGCAAUGGGGUUGCUGCAUUGGCACUUGAUGUCCAGUACCUAACUGAGUUCGUCAGUAGCCUAGAAAACGGGCAGAUGUUGCGCGAAAAUCUGGAUGAGCUCCAGCAGACUGUGAACCUGAUGGAAUCAGAUAACCAUGACGAAUUUUUCGACAUCUCCAUUCGAAACAAGAAAUACGGCCGCGUAGAUGCCCUGAAUGGUCCAGUGCUCUUGGAAAAACUACCUUACAAGAGAGACAAGUAA